AUGGCGCCUCCCUCACGCGCGCGAUCGGUGGGGAAAAGCUCCUUCUCGCCCGCCUUUUCUCGACUCAAGACGUCCGCAUACGUCGAUGUGCUCCGCCCGAACGCCUCGGUUUCCGCAUCGCACUAUGUUCGCACAAUCAGCUGGAAUGCAUCGGGCACGUUCAUAGCGACCGGCGCCGCAGACCGUACAUUGCGCAUCUGGAAUCCCGAGAAGACGAAUGUCAAGAACUCGACAGACCUGCGCACACCGGGCGCACCAGCUGCGACGUCACUCGAGCGCGUCGCCUUUCACCCCAUCAACGAGAAUGAGCUCGCAAGCUGCAGCACAGACGGCAUGGUGAGAUUCUGGGACAUACGGUCAAAAGCGAGUGUAGGUGAAGUACGAGUCGGCGAGCAGCCCUUCACUCUAGCAUGGGCCCCAGAUGGCAACGGGAUAGUCGCAGGGCGCAAGGAUAACGUUCUCGUCUCGAUUGACCGCACCGCCCUCCGCACCCUCGCCGAGCACCGCCAGCCCGUCCAGACCAACCAGUGCGUCUUUGACUGGUCCGGCGCACAUCUCUUCCUGACCUCGGGCGACGGCAGCAUCAAAGUCGUCGACUACCCCUCCUUCACCCCAGCCCUAACCCUCAAUGCACACACGUCCUCAUGCUACGCCAUCAGCAUGUCACCCUCGGGCGAAUACCUAGCAGCCGGUGGCGGCGAUGCGCUUGUGUCGUUGUGGGAUACACAAGAGUGGAUCUGUGUGCGGACGUUUGACCUCACCAAGGAGCCUGUCAAGAGCGUGGACUUCAGCUUCGACGGCAGCUACAUCACCGCGGGCAGUGAUGACAAGGACGAGAAGAAGAUCAAGAUUGCGCAUGUCGAGUCAGGCGAGGUGGUGCACGAGGUCAGCGUAACAAGCGCGAGUAGCGUGGUUAGUUGGCACCCGUGUCGCUAUGUAUUGGCCUACUCGGCGGAGGCGCAGGGAUUGAGGAUUGUGGGGGGUAUCAGUUAG